AUGGGAGAGCGGCCGCCCCCUUUCCCGUCCAUUCCCUUCCCUCCUGGCUCCGCACAAUGCGGCCGCGCCGAGCAGGCCCCGGCCCCGGCGCUUCCUUCCCCCAGCCCUUCCCAGCCGGAGAGCGGGUCACUUACAUGGCUGGAGCCCGGGGAGGAGGCGGCGGCGGCAGGGGAAGGGAGCCGGGGAGGGAGGCAGGGGAAGGGGAGGGAAGGGGGGAGCGAGCCAGCGAGCGAGCGGGGGAAGGGGGCGGCCGGCGAGGCGGGCGGGCUCUGCGGCGGGCGCCGAGCGAAGGCCUCACUGGGCUCCCGGCAGCCGCCGCCUCCUCCUCACCAUCCCCGGGCGGCGGGGCGGCUCCUCCUCCCCCUCUCGCAGGCGCUCGGCCCGUGGGGUUCGCACGCCCGCUCCGGCUGCCGGCUCGCCUUCCCCGCCGCUCCGCCCUGCGAGGCCGCCCCUCGCCUCGCUCCGCCGCCGCCUCCCCCCGCACCUCCGGGCCGCACUCCCGCCGCCCGGGCCGGGCUCGUCCCGCACGCGUCUCCGCGGCGCUCGCUCACACCCUCGGCGGAGCGGCCGCCGGAUCCCGCCGCCGCCGCUUCCCGCCCGUGCCGAGGGGCCGCCCCGCGCCGCGCCGCUCCCCGGACGGGGUUCGUGGCCUCGCCACCCUCCGAGCUUCCGCAGCGCCCGCCAGCCCGGCCCCCUCCGCCCACCCGCCGGCCCGGCCCCAGGCCCCGGGGGCGGUGUUUCCUGGCCCCGGGCGGCCCGGUGUUCCCCCUUCCCCUGGCACCGUCCCGGCCCUCGGACCGGGGCGCUGAGGACGCCGUGCCCCGCGAGGGAUGUGGCCUCUCCUGA